AUGGAUUAUACAGCAGAGCUUUCUAGAAUAAAUAAGGAUGAAGAGUUUGAAUAUUUCAAUUUGAGUAGAGUCGGUAAAAAUUUGGGUCCUUUUAAAGCAUGGUCAAUGGAUGAACAUACUCUGUUUCAUAGUGUACUGGCGAAUAUGAGUGAUCCCAACGAUAUAGAUACGGUUGCCAGUGCAGUGCCAAGUAGAACGAAAGAGCAGGUAGAGGUACAUCUUCGAGUCUAUAAGAACUAUUGUAAUAAGCAAACGAGUACAACACUUCAAUCGAAUCCAUUCAUGUCGAAUCUGACGACCAAUCUCUUCAAGGGCGUGCUGGAUUCGUUGUCUGGCGAUCCUUUGACGUCAACGUCGCCAACAACACUUGGUGCAUCUUCACCACUGCCGUCACCCUCACUCUCGUCUUCACCUCCACUUACACCGACAAUACCUUCAUCACCUUCAAAACAACAAGCAUCAACAGGAACAGGAACAACAGGAACAACACCAACAGGAACACCAACAAGUAGUGGAAAGAUAAGUUUACAUUUGGCAUCACAUGCAAUUCCUACUUCUUUACAACCAAAGAUGGCACCUGCUGCUUCUGCGGCGGCGACAACAACUCCACCGGCGGCGGCGACGCCAGUCAGUAGUGCGGUAGAUGAUUCAUCUGGUGGCGCACCAAAGUCAAAGAAAGAUUUGAAGAUAUUGAGUGAACCAUGGUCGUUGGACGAUCAGAAACGACUGGAUGACGCACUCACCAAAUAUCCAUCCACGAGAUACAGCAGUGUUUCAAGAUGGCAAGCGAUAUCGAAAGAACUUGGAAUAUCACCUAAAACAGUUGCAUUGCGAUACAAUCAGAUGUUAGAGAGUUUGAUACCAAAGAAACCAAAUGUUGCAGUUAACAAUAACAAUAAUAACAAUAUAGAUGUUGGAGAUGUAGAUGACGGCACCGGAAGCGGAGCAAAAGGAAAGAGAAAGUCUACGGCCACUGCCAAGACCGCUGCUAAACAAGCGGCAACAAAGAAAGGAAAGAAAGAUACACCCGAGAAAUCAGGUGGAUUACCACCAUUUCCUAUUACACCGCCAUCCACAGCAGCAUCAUCAGCAUCCUAUAAUAAAUCAAAUUCUAAUCAACAACAAUAUCAACAACAACAGCAACAGCAACAACAAAAGAGAGAACCAACUAUACAUAAUUUAAAUUUCGAUCCAAGCAAAGCAGAUCAACUUAUACAGAGAAAUACAUCGCUGAUCGAUCAGAUUCGAUCGGAUAUCAUAUAUACAGGAUCGACAAAGAUUGAUUUACUCGAGCAAUACAAAAACAAUAUAUCAGAGGCGUUGAAGAGUACGAUGAUCUGGGCACCAGAGAGCAACGAGAUGCCACCACUACCAGUCAAAGUCAAUGACAUGAUCAUCACAAUGAUGGGUAGUAUGCCAUCGAAAUCGACACUCAAACAUUGGAGUCCACUGCCGAAAACCGCUGAAGAAUGGAAUCUUACAAUCCCCGAAGAUCAAUCCCAACAACAGCAACAACAACAACAGCCAAAUACUUUAAAAAAAAAGAAAAAAAAAGAAAAUAUAAUCAAAAAGUAA